AUGAAGGGCCAAGACGUGGUCAUUAGCAACGUGGGCUUAUCUGGCGCACCACACCAGCAGAUCUUCGUCAAUGCAGCUCUCGCGACCGGUGUCAAGAGAUUCUUCCCUGCUGAAUAUGGCACUGAUACCCGGGAUUUCAAAACCAACGAGAUCAAUCCUUACAGUACACAGUACAAAGCCGCGCUGGUGCGAUACCUGCAGUCCAAGGAGAAAGGAAGCAGCCUGACCUGGACGGCACUUAUCGCUGGUGGAUUUACCGAGUGGGGUCUGAGACACGGCUUCUUUGGCUUCGACUUCAAGACCAGGACCGCGACGCUCAUCGACGACGGCACAACCAUGUGCUCUCUCAGCCGGAUGCGGACAAUUGCUAAAGCUAUCCGCGGAUGCAUCGAAAACUUUGAAGAGACGAAGAACCAAUACGUCUUCAUCGCUUCUUUCCACAUGACGCAGCGCGAUAUGCUCGCGGCUAUCGAGAAGCUUGAUGGCCAGAAAUGGACAGUCGAACAUACCACGUCUCAGGACUUACAAAUUAGAGGCCAUACGCGGUGCAUCAAGGGUGAUUGGAUGGGUAUUGCGGAUCUAAGUAUGGCAACUGCGCUCGGGAAAUGGGGUCUCGUGGAUUGGAGGAACAAGGAUCUUUUCAACAAGAGAUUGGGAUUACCAGAAGAUAGUUUUGAAGGUGCAGUUCAUUCUGUCAUGGAAGAGUCUCGAUAG